AUGGACAUAUUCGCUAGUGCUCCAUCGCCGGAUACCCCAGAAUGGGUGGUUGUUUGCACCCCGGUAUCACCAGGGAUGCGCCUUGAGUGGAACGCCUCUCUUCCAUGGUUGCGAUUCAUUAGCCUGUUACGGCCCGGACCGAACCAAGAUGCACCCUCUCCGUCGUCGUCGCUUACGGUACCCUCACCCCGGGAGGUCAAUGUGUCCUGUCACAUUGCCAGCCGGGAGCUCAUGCGACGUUUGGCCUCGAUAGUACAAUGGGAUAGACUCAAUAACCCUCCGAACAUUUACAGUAGUUCCCGAACUACGGCGGCUCUGAUGAUUCUGAUGCCAGAGGACUCUGAGGUGAAACACCUUACCUUGUCAUCCGCCUUGGGCGAUUCCAAUCAAAGUGGCAGGAACCGUUUGAUUCUGGAGCUAUUUCUUCUGUCAAAUAACCUCGUCUCACACGCACCUGGUGGACGGUCGGAAGGGAGUAUGCUGUCCGAUGAUAGACGUGUCAUGGAGAUGUUUAACGAGUCUGGGUGGAACAACAUCAAGCAUAUUCAAAUGCUGUUAUCGACUCACGAGCCGACGGCAGGCGCAAUCGCAGAGAAGCUGUUCGCAAGUGCUGUAAGAUUAGUCGCUAUGGACACGGUGAAAAACAUGCUCGAGGCAGGGAUGGAUCCAAAUGCAACAGUCGACACCAUCCAUUAUGGCCCUGUGAGCUCCCUGCAAUUUGCUGCACUAUCAGGCAAAAAGGGCCUAGAGCUCAUGCAACUCCUUCUAUCAUAUGGGGCCGAUGUGAACUUCUCGCACAAUGGGAAUUCCGCUCUGGAAUUUGUUAUUUGCGGGAGCAAAAUGGUCAGUCAAGUGCUCCUAGAUCACGGAGCUAUAGUGACGCCGUCGUGCCUUUCUGCCGUUGCCACCUGCAAAAUCAUUGACGACUUUGUCAUGAACAUUAUCAACGCCUGUCCUGAUGUGAACGAACGAACCGGGUGGCAGGACCCUAGUGCUCUCACUCGCGCUGUAUCGCAUUCGAAUGUUGAAAUGAUAGGCCUGUUACUCGGGAGAGGCGCCGAUGUAAACGAACUGGUUGCCAUUGACUUUGACAAUGACCUGGCAGUUACCACAGUGCUAGGACUUGCAGCCAAGUCUAUGAAUCCUCAGAUGGUACAGCGUCUACUGUGGGCCUGUCGGAACGUCAACCCCGAGUUCGACGGCCUUCCUUAUGUAUCACCACUCGCACUAGCUGUAGAGACCGGCAACGUUGAGAUCACCAGGCUUUUGCUUCAGGGUGGGGUGAAUAUUGAAGUUGCCGAUGGGCAAGGGAGCAUGACAUUGCUUGAACGUGCCACGAGGAAGGGCCCGAGCCUAUGGCGAUUGUUGAUGGAAUAUGGUGCCCGAGUUGACAGGCCUUUGUCCGACACAAAGCAUCCGUCUUCAGCCAUCCUUGUUGCUAUCAAGGAAAAGCAAUCUGAUCUCGUUGAGCUCUUGAUCAACAGUGGUGCAAGACUGAAUGAUGAAUAUAGCCAACCCCCUGGUACUGUUCUUGGCGCAGCCAUUGAAUUGGGAGACCCAGUCUUGAUCGACAAGCUGUUGACUGCAGGUGCCAGAGUGCUGAAAGGAAAGCUUUUAAGCCGCAUUGGGAACCUACAUACUGCGAUGCAUCUGCAGCAACGUGGCGUUUUGCAAAGGAUUUUGCAGAUCUCCGGACCGACGAUUUUGGCGGCCGCAUUAUCGGCCAGAGAUGAUGAUUUUUCCCACUACCUGCUUGAGCAAAAUGCCGAUAUCGCAAAAGGAUUUACCAGUUCUCAGGACUCCAGGUCGGUGAAAACGCCAUUGGGAGCGGCAAUACGGACGGGCAACUUUAUCUUCGCAGGGACUCUCUUGAGCCGUGGCGCCGAAGUCACCGAUGGCGACCUUGCGGACGCAAUAGGCCAUCUUGUUGUGAAUGCUGAAUUUCUUCAACGCUUACUGUCUGGGGUUCGCGGAAACAUCCCGACUGCGGUGGGAGUUGCGGUGCUCGGUAACCACCAAUACUUAGAAGUGCUUCGAGAGGCAAAUGUGGACCCCACCGGGGCACCUCAGCUGUUUCAGGACUUCUGGGAUCUAGAAGAAUUCGAAUUUGAGCCCCCGCAAUCGGUCCUUGAAAUAGCGGUUAUAUUGGGCAAAGAGGCUUUGAGUCUACUUCUUCACUGGACCACCUGGAAUCCCAGGCUGACCGGUCGUGCCUUAGCCGCUGCGAUCGUUUUCAAAGAAUGCGACCUUGUCGACAGUCUACUAGCAUGUGGCCCUGACAUGCAGCAGGAAGUCGCCAUCCGAUAUUUACUUUGGGAGGACGAAGAGGAUGAAACAGCGACUGAAAGGCACGAAAUCUUCACUCCUCUCCAGGCAGCGGUCAAAGAGCAACUGGUUCCUGUGGCGAAAGUCCUCGCGAAGUCUGCCGAUGUGAAUUACCUAGGCGGUGGUGCUCGCCGCCGGACGCCGCUACAGCACGCAGUUGAGAAAGGAAACAUGGAACUCAUCAAAAUGCUCCUGCAACAUGGGGCUAGGGUUGACAGCCCUCCUGCUAGGGACGGGGGUGCUACAGCUCUACAAAUCGCAGCAUUCCAGGGAUACAUUGGUAUUGCUCGAAGAUUAAUCGACUUGGGUGCGAGCGUCAAUGAAGCCCCUGCCAGAUUCAACGGACGUACGGCUUUGCAGGGCGCGGCAGAACAUGGUCGAAUCGAUAUGUUGCAGAUGCUGCUUGAUGAAGGGGCGUUGAUUGUCGGCGAUGGUGAGCAGCAAUAUCAAAGGGCUGUAGAGCUUGCGGAGCGAAACGGACAUAAAGCUGCUGCCCGACUUCUGAGGUCUUACAGGAACUCGGUUCAGUUGAGUACUCCCUAG